AUGAAAGAAGAUGUGUAUGUUGUAGGCAUUAUCCCUGAAAACUCAAUCCUUGGGUCCUUAACAUUCUCAGACAUUGAGUAAUUAUCCUUUUAUCUGUUUAUUCAUGCUUUAACUUCUAUGUAGGUCAGUGAUCAUGGAGUGCACAUAGGACCUUUUAUCGCUCCUUUGAAGGAGAUUUUGAGAAAAGAGUAUAAAGUGACAAAUCUGCUUUAGGAUAUAGACAUUCAGACUUUAUUCAAAGCUCUGUACAAUGUCAAUUUCUUGACAUAGAUUCCCUUGGUAAAAUAUCAAUCUUAAUGCUAAUAUGCUUGCUUCAGUACUUAAAUCACAGAGAAACAAUUUGCAAUAUUAAAAGACAUUAGAGCUGGCAUAAAUGCUUUCACAUUGAUGGAAAAAGAGUUAAAGGAGACUAAUAUACCUCUGAAGGAAAAUAUUAUUCUCUCCACGUUAAGAUUAGUCAGACAUUGGAUAAAGAAGUGCAGAUAUCAACUAGAAUGUGAAAAAGCAGACAGAAAGCAAUUCGAAAAACAUGUCAGAGUAGUAGAAAGAGAACUUAAGGAAAAGAAGCAAAUGAGUUUUCCGGAGGAGACUGAUUCACAUGACAGACUAUUUCCUCACGAAUUCCUGUUUUUGCUUUGCAAUACUAGAAACAGAAUUGAUAUGAUUAACAAUUUGCCCAAGCCAGAGUUCACCACAGAGAGAACCUCUAUAAAGUAAUAUGAUAUGCAGCCCUUAGAUGCAAGAAGAUUGGAUAAAGUUUUUAAGAUUGAACUACGUUCAAUGACCAAACAGUUCAAUUAAAAUCCCUAAUCACUUCUUCAAAAAGUAUUAAACAAUGAACUAAUUGGAAGAAAGCUAAGAUUUGAUGGAGUGAAGUGGAGUAAAAGUAAAAAGGUUAAGGGAGAGAUGAAGGGAUCUGGCAAGUCUAAAGAUUAGUACAUGAUGACUGGGCUUAAACACAAAGAAAAAAUGAGAGAAAGAUAAAUCAAUGAGUAGUAUCAAAGAAUGCUAGUUGAUCCGAAAUUUUAUGGCUAAAUUAAAGAUCAACUCCAAUAGACUAAUUAAGUACUCUCAACAGCUAGACUUGGAGGAGUUCUUUCCUAAUCUUAUGUUGAUGGCAUGAACGAUCCGAAUUAUGCCUCUGAAACUUAAAGAAUAAUAAAACAUGACGAGGGUUUCAGAUCAUUUUUGAAGUCUAGGCCAGUUUCAGCGAACUCAACUGCUGCUAGAAUUAAAUCUGGGAAAUAAAUAGUGAAUCAAGAGAGAAUCGAAAAGUUCCAGAAGCAAAUCAAAAUGAUGUCAAGACAGUAGGAUCAACUUAAGAAAAAGAUUCAUGAAGAAUAACAGUUAGUCAAGAAUGAGAGUAAAAACAUGGCAAUCAGCUAAGUUAAUCCUUAUCAGAUUCAGUCCUCUCGCGUGAAAACUGCAGGAAGCACUAAGCGAAGAGAUAUGUCUAGAAGUUACGAAAUAGAUACUACGACUAAUAAAAAGGUAAUGCAGAGUGAGCAAAAGAAGAGAUCUUUUGUUAAGAUUGGAGGGCACCAUCGACGUCAUUCAAUAUAUACUGAUUCAAAUCUUAACAAAUAAAAGCAGCUUUUCGAGAUGACUCCAGCAGAGUUAGUCAAGGAAGUUAGUAUCCCCUAGUAAAUUUUGAAUGAAAGCAGAGCCAUCCUUAAUAAUCUAAGGCCAAUCACUUAGGGAAGCAACAACAGGCGACUUAACACCAGGUAAACUAUAGACACUUCUCUAGACCCAAUACAUAGCAAGACUAAUCUAGUCUCUCCCACAAAUAACUAUGGAGGUAAUACGAAUUAAGCAGGAAACAUCCAUCUUAAUAAUCAGCCAGUCUCAUUAGUCAAUCUAAAGUUCUAGACACUUUACACUAAUCCUUCUCAGAAUCCUUAUCAAUUCUAGCAGCCUAAUGAAAACAACUAGAUUAAAUCUAAGAGUCCCUUAGAAGAAGCGAUUCCUAGAAGUAAGUUUACUCUGGACAGAUUUAUGAAGGAAAAAACAUUAAUAAAUGAACAUUAGAAAUUAUUCAAUAAAAUAGACAAUCUGCUUGAAUAAGAUUUAAUCAAGAAAGAGUUGAAUCUGAAUAAAGAGUCUAGAUCGAAUAUAGUGAGUGGAGCGGCUAAAGAACUUUAAAAUGAAAUUGCUAAAUUAAAGGAUCUUGGAGGUCCUUAGAUCACAGCUGUCUUCACUAGGCAAGAACAAAAGAGACUUAAUCCUCUCGAUUAAUGA